CACUGAACAUCCUGUCCCUCGCGUGCUUCUUAUUGCCAUCAACUCCCAUCAUCCCUUUUUCUAUUUAUUUAUUUAUUUAUUUCUGCCUCGAUCGACCCGUUAUUCAGCCCAUCCAUCGUCCACCCCCCUAUCUUCUCUUUUUUUCCCUCCAUCUCCUCCUCUAUGGGAGUGCGACGCGCUGCGAAUCUGUGAGAUAAAAAGCCUGCAGCAGGAGAGCAGUGAGCAUGGUGCCAGUUUCCUGCUAGCAGCGGGCCAACAGAGAGCAGGACAAUUGUCCAAACACCAACCUCUUCCACAAAAGCCUUCAAGCAAUAAAGACUGAGAGAGAGCAUAAAGAGGCAAAAGACAGAAAACGAGCGCAAGAAGGAGAGGGGAGCAGGUGAACCCAGUCGAUGGAUGCUGUCCGGAUUGAGGGGACAGCUAGUUCUUCACUGACGAGGAAAAGAAAGAUUUCAAAAUUGAGUCGAAGGAUAGAAACUCGCCAUCAGGCAUGGUGUGUGAGAAGGGGAUCCAGAUCCUCCUCACCACCGUGGGGGCAUUCGCUGCCUUCGGCCUGAUGACGGUGGCAAUAGGGACGGACUAUUGGCUGUACUCCCGUGCCCUCAUCUGCAACAGCACAGCCAACGUCACCCAGGAUGAUCCCCAUAACAAAGACAAGAAGGAUCCUGGGGCGCUCACACACUCUGGACUGUGGAGGAUAUGCUGCUUGGAAGGAGUAAAGAGAGGUGUGUGCUCUCAGAUCAACCACUUCCCAGAGGAUGCAGACUUUGACCAUGACGGGGCAGAGUACGUCCUACGGGUAGUCAGGGCUUCCAACAUCUUCCCUAUCCUUAGUGCCAUCCUGCUUCUGAUGGGAGGGGUCUGCAUUGCUGCUAGUCGUUUCUAUAAGAGCAAAAGGAACAUCAUCCUGGGUGCAGGAAUUCUCUUUGUGGCUGCAGGUCUGAGUAACAUAAUUGGUGUGAUUGUGUACAUCUCUGCGGCGCUGGGGGACAUCUCUCCAAAGAAGGAUGAGGAUAAGAAGUGGCAGUACUCCUACGGUUGGUCCUUUUAUUUUGGAGGCCUGUCCUUCAUCAUGGCCGAGAUGGUGGGGGUUCUGGCUGUCAACAUUUACAUCGAGAAGAACAAGGAGCUGCGCUGUCGCUCCCGCACUGACAUCUUCAAGAGCACCACACACGCCAUGCUCCGUCUCCCCAGCUACCGCUUCCGCCGCCGCUCCCGCUCCUCAUCCCGCUCUACAGAUCCCUCCCGCUCCCGAGACCCCUCACCUGUGGGCGGCGGGGGCAAGAACUUUGGCCUGCCCCCUUCUGCACUGCUCUCCCAGGGCCCCAUCUCAGUGUCCACUUUACCCAACCCCCAUUCCCGCUCACACACAGCCCUGGCAGGAGGCGACAUCUCCCUCUACACAUUGUCCCGAGACCCCAAACUUGGGGGUUUGCCUCCCAUGUAUGGUACGGUGGACAGGGCCACACUCUACCAGCUCCACAAUUGCUUCCCAAAGGACGGAGGAGGAGGUGGGGUGAUGAUGAGUGGUACACUUCCUUCGCUUAAGUCCCACAAUCCUUCCAAUUCUUCUAACUCCAAUGCGCAGAUGCCAAACUCGGUGGGCUCGGGCCCGCCGCCUUUCACUUCAUCAACAGUGGACAGAGAGCGAGGAAUGGGGACUCUGGACAGGCUGAAAGGAGACAGGGAGAGUAACUCUAACACCCUCAAUAGGAAGACAACGCCUGUGUAGAGUGAAAGAAAGGAGAAAAGGUGAUUAGGAAUCAAAUCUAGAGAGGAGCUCUGUGUCUGUGAGGCUCAACAAGAAGUAGCAAUGAAACGCUAAAUCUCUCCCUCCAUGUUCACUGUUAAUUAAUCGACUCAACCUCACUGCGAGCAAAAAGAAGAGUAAUAACAGAGUGAUAAUAACAACAACAAUGAACUUUCCAAUAAAACUAUUUUGAUAUUUUAAUGUGCUAGAAAUGAUUUAUUUUGUUAACGAUCAAACGCAAUUAACCUUGGGCUAUUCUGAAAAUGUUUCACAUACUUUCUUUUGUGUAAGAUAACUGCUAAUUUAGCCAGAUCAUCAUUAGUGUUAAAUUGUUGUUGUGAUUAUUCUUAGUGUUAUUACAGGCUAAACAUAUUCGCAGACACCAUAGUUUGGAAUCAGAAUAAAGUAUAAAUGUUUAUGAUUUUUUUUUUCACUAAAUUUUGACGACUUUAACUGUGAAUUUCUUCCAUGCAGAGCCACUGGGACUGUCAGUGAGCUGUGCGGGUGUCAUGGUGUCAAAGCAUGAGUGUGCACAAUACGCUGGAGAAUGAGGGCCUGUAAUAUUACUAUUUUUUAACCUCAUAUGGUAUGAUUUCCAUUUGUAACAUGAAGUUGACUACUGUAAAUUGUCUUCCAAUAUUGAUACUGAAAGAAAUGCAACAAUAAUGUGCGUGAGUGAGAAAAAAAACUUCAUUGUUAUUAUGAGUCUGAGUUUUCUAUGGGCCUCUGUUAGUCUUCUUUCCAUUCUAAUCAAUGUUAACAGUAGUACUUGUAGCUCUAGUCGUGUUGAAGAUGUUUGUUCUUGGGCAUUAACAGAAACCUCUGACAGGAGGAUGCAGAAAAAAGAUGACAUAGAAUAAUACAAUUGUACAGAUUCAGGUUUAAGUUACUGCCUGAGCAAAAAAAGAAGAGGAACUACAUCUUUUUCUAUAAAAAGUCCCAAAGUGAGACAUGAAACUCAUCAUUUUAAAUGGCAAAAAACACAAUAUGUAUAUGUGGGUUCUGAGGGUUUAAAAAAACACUGCAAAGAGAAACUUUUGAAAACAUACAUGUACAUUGUAAUUUACGCAUACAUACUAUUUGUAAAGUCUACAGAGAUGUUUUUUCGGGACCACUGUUCAUACGGGGCAGGUUUGGAUGCCCCCCAUGGACUAUUGCUGGGUGGUUUCAUCUGCUGUGCCACCAUAACACCCCCCCCGUCCUCCCACAUCCUGCCCAUAUUUGGUCCCGCGAUUCUCUCCUUUGUCACUCGACCAAUAAAAGAGACAACAUCGUAACCUCCCCAAAGAUUCUUUUCACUGUGCUUCCCCUCCUCUGUGACCGCUGAGUCUGAACUCUGAUCUGUUUAUGUUGAGGAGAAUGUAAACAUGUGUAAACUACCCCCACCCCAAACCCCCCCUCUUACCCAAUCUUCUGAGCUGUCCCGAGUGACUGCAGAUCUGUGUGGACACAGCGACAUGAAACAAAAGAAAAACAACCAGACGCUUCCAGAUUAUUCUCUAUGUUUUUUUUUUUUUAUUUCUUUGAUUUCAUUUGAGAAAAAGAAAAAUGUGAUUAAACUGCACACAGAUAGCAUUUAUGUGGGCAAUAUGAAUAGUAUGUAGUUGAGAAUAGAUAUAUCUAGACAAAUGAUUAUGGUUUAUCUAAAUGUGUGAUAAACUUAAACACUGUAUUGCACGAAGUUUAUAAAAAAAACAAUAACAGACCUA